CGCUCCCAGAAAGCUACUUAAUCUGCAUGCUUCGAGGCCUCCGCUUGCACGCCCGCCCAGCGUACCUUGUGUCUCGCGCGCACGCCCUACCCUGCACUCGCUCGCUCGCUAACAUGGCUGCCGCAAAGCAGCCGUUUAUCCUCUAUGCACUCGACUACAUGGACCCUGAGGCGUUCGACAGGCGCAUGGCAGUCAGGCCGACGCACCUCGCGAACGCGAACGCGCUGAAAGAGCAGGGCGUCAUGAGAAUCGGCGGCGGGCUCGUCGAUCCCACGACCUACCAGUCGGGAGAGAAGAAGCUCAUCGGUUCGUUGAUGGUCUUCGAGGCUGAGAGCCUCGAGGCGGUCAGGAAGGUUGUCGAAGAGGACAUCUACUACAAGUCCAACGUCUGGGACAAAGAGAAGCUCGUCAUUCUGCCCUGGCUUUUGUCGCAACCUCUUCCUCCUCUUGCUCCUCAGUAAAUAAAUCUGUAGGCAUAUCGCUUAUGUUGUUUCAUAUGGCCUCGCAAACAC